AUGGCUUCAAAUCGUUUCGGAUAUAUAUUUGAAAAAUCCUUUCAUUUACAUCGUAUGAAUGAUUGUGAAGAUCUUAAUUUAUAUUAUAGAAAAUUUUUAAAUAAAUUAAGUAAAAUAUGUUUAAAAAUAUUUCUUCCAUUAUUACCAUUAAUUUAUUUAUUAACAUUAUUUCUUUGUCGAUUAUUAUUAAAUAAUCAAUUAAUAAUUAUAUUUGAUUUACGUACAAUACUUUAUUUAAUAGGCAUUUUUUUAACAUUCAUUUUAUUAUUUCUUAUACGUUUACAUACAAAAUGGAAAACACUUUGGUUUUGUACAAGAAUUUUUUUGAUAUUACUUUUAAUUAUUCCAUUAAUUUUAACAUAUCAAACAGAGCAAUAUCAUAUAUUAUUUUCAACAAUAUCAAUAACACUUAUUUAUUCAUUAUUAACAUUUACAUUAAUACAAUCAUGUAUUAUUUGUUUAACUAUAUCAAUAUUACAUACAGGUCUUUUAUUAAAUCAAAAAAAUCAAAUACAAUGGAAAAGUUUAGAAUUUUUAUCAAUCAUUUUUUAUCAUUUUAUUAUAAAUAUAUCCGGUCUAUAUACAUAUAUAAGAUCACUAAAACAUAUACGUCAACAUUUUCAUGCAUAUGAAAUAAAUUUAUAUGAAAAAAAUAAAUUAAAUGUUGAUUGUAAAAAAUUAAAUACAAUUAUUGGACAUUGUCAACAAGCACAACGUUUUAUUGGACGUUUGUCAAAAUUAUCAAGUGGAUUUAAUAUCAAGUAA